CAUAUGGAUUUGAGUUUAAGUUUACGUAGAAAGUCAAAAUUCUAGGUUUUGAGGAACACGUGAACUAUCUUUCUAAAAUAUUUACAUAUUUAACUAAAUUGAAAAAUGCCAAAAGAGAAAGCUGUGAAAAAGUCCAGGAUACACAAUGAAAUUCAAAAACAAGGUAUUGUAUUUAACAAGGAUUUUGGACAACAUAUUUUAAAGAAUCCUUUGGUUAUAACAAGUAUGAUAGAAAAAUCUGCCUUAAGGCCAACGGAUGUUGUACUUGAAGUAGGUCCAGGUACUGGCAACAUGACAGUAAAAAUAUUAGAAAAGGCGAAAAAAGUGAUCGCAUGUGAAAUUGAUACGAGAUUAGUUGCAGAACUUCAGAAACGUGUACAAGGUACAAUAUAUCAACCUAAGCUACAAAUUUUGAUCGGUGAUGUUCUUAAAUCUGAAUUACCGUUUUUCGACAUAUGUAUUGCUAAUAUACCAUAUCAAAUUAGCUCUCCUCUAGUUUUUAAAUUACUCUUACAUAGGCCAUUUUUUCGAUGUGCGGUACUAAUGUUCCAAAGAGAAUUUGCACAAAGACUUGUUGCAAAACCGGGAGACAAACUCUAUUGUCGUUUGAGUAUAAAUACCCAGCUUUUAGCCAGAGUAGAUUUGCUUAUGAAGGUAGGAAAAAAUAAUUUCAAACCACCACCUAAGGUAGAAUCUAGUGUCGUACGCUUAGAACCGAAAAAUCCGCCACCACCUAUAAAUUUUGUCGAAUGGGAUGGUCUAACAAGAAUAGCAUUUUUAAGGAAAAAUAAAACAUUAGGUGCAGCAUUUAAGCAAACUUCUGUCUUAGACAUGUUGGAAAAAAAUUACAAACUACACUGUUCACUGCGGAAUACUGAAAUUGAGAAAGAAUUCAAUAUGCAACAAAAAGUCAUGUCUAUCCUUCAAAAUUUAGGUGUUGAAAACUUACGAGCACGCACAAUGGAUAUAGACGAUUUUAUGAAAAUUCUCUUAGGUUUCAAUUCCGAAGGCAUUCAUUUCAGUUGAAAUAAGCAAUUUCAGUUUUUACUUUCAAGAUUUAUUAAUUUUAAUAACAAUAAUAAAUUUUACAAAAAAC